AUGUCCAAGAACUCCAAGUCAUUGAACGCAAAAUAUCUCGCGUAUCUCGCAGCCUACCCAUUGAUCACCAAAUCGGUAACCUCCGGUGUGUUUCUGGGACUCAAUGAGAUCAUCUCUUCAGUGGUGACUGGCGAGUUUCAGAAGUCCACCAUUCUUGGUCAAAAGGUCCACCAUGUGCUCUCGCCAAAGCUCGUUACCAUGAUCAUAUACGGCAGUUUGAUUGCAACGCCGCUAAGCCACAACUUAUACAAGAUCAUCAACACCAUCUUCAAACCACCCUUGUCGUCAGGGUUGAAAGUGUUGCAGAUCUUGACCCUGUUGUCAACAGUCACCCCAUUGUUGGCAGCCACCUUCACCAGUUGGGUUUCGCUUCUCAAUGGCUACAAAUCAAAGGGAGGAUCUGUUUCGGAAGAGAUCUCAAGGGCGUUCGCCGUGAUCAAGGCCGGAUUGAAGUCCAACUAUAGGGCCAUCUUGAAGUCUUCUCUUAUCACUUCCUCGGUCUCAUUGGUGAUUGCCCAGAAAUUUAUCCUGCCAGAACUCUGGGUUGUAUUCUUUAAUUUCGUAUACUUCAUUGUGGGAACAUUGCAGAAUAUUAAGCUCAAGAAGGCUCAGAAGCUUGCUAGAGCAAGAGCUGAAAAAGACAAGAAGGACGAGUAA